AUGGCGGACGAUCUUUCAGUAGGUUUCUACAUAGGAGAACUUAAUAAAUACUGCCAGAAGAACCGCUUAGAGGUUUACUAUCGUGAAGUGUAUAAGUCAGGACCUCCACAUGACUUACGGUUUACAAUUCAAGUUGUAUUAGAUGGGAAAGAAUAUCCAGGAGCUACAGGCAAAUCAAAGAAGGAAGCAAGAAAUGCUGCCGCCAAGUUAACUCUUAACAUGCUUAAAGAAAAACAGGACACUAGUUCUUUAUCCCUAUCGACAACAGAUACUUCCGAUGAUUUAUCCAGUGAGAAUUUCAUAGGUCGUCUGGAUAGGUAUGCCCAAAAGGAAAGACUCUCGGUAAAUUAUGAACAAAGAAAUGAAUUGAGCCCAACUGGGCCCGGAAGUUUUUUUUGUAAAUGCAAAAUUGGACAGAAAGAAUAUCCUGGAGCUGUAGGUUCUACUAAAAAGAAGGCAAAACAUUUGGCUGCUAAACUUGCAUACGAACAGAUCGAAUCAGAAAGAAGGUCAAUGAAAGGUGAUUCAGGACCCUCUGGCUCUCCCCUGGCUAGUUCCAGUGACAGUGAGAUCAGCUUCUUGGCACCCAAUUGUGAAUCACCCGCUGAAAGUGGCUUUUCAGGAAAUGGAUCAGAGGAGAACAGUGACAGUUUUGCCAAUUCUCUUCCAUCUCCUGUGAGUGGUCUCAAAAAAAGUUUGAAGAAGAUAAAUUUGGCAGCUAAAUUUGACUCUCCUGCAAAUAGGCAUACUUCGAAUGAGAGGUUUAUCCAGGAUUUUGAAGAAAUAAAACUAAUUGGCUCUGGUGGAUAUGGCAUGGUUUUCACAGCAAAACACAGACUUGAUAAGACGAUCUAUGCUAUUAAACGUGUUAAAUACAAUGAUGACGACCAUGAGGACGAGAAGGUAAAGCGUGAAGUAAAAGCCUUGGCAACGCUUCAUCAUCCAAAUAUUGUUCGCUACUAUAACAGUUGGAAUGGAGACGAUUACGUCAAAAGAUCAUUGAUGAAGUGCCUUUUCAUCCAAAUGGAAUUCUGUGAUAAGGGGACAUUGGAAACCUGGAUCGAGAAAAGAAGAGGGAAGAAUCCAAACAAAGAUUUGCCACUGGAAUUAUUUAAGCAAAUAGUAACAGGAGUGGAUUAUAUACAUUCAGAAGGGUUAAUUCAUAGAGAUCUUAAGCCAGGCAACAUAUUUUUAGUAGAUACACAACAAAUAAAGAUUGGAGACUUUGGACUUGUAACAUUCCAGGAAUAUGAUAAAAAGCGGACAAAAGAGAAGGGAACUCAAUACUACAUGAGCCCAGAACAGCUCACUUCAGUACACUAUGGAAAUGAAGUGGACAUCUUUGCCUUAGGGCUAAUUCUCUCAGAGCUGCUUUAUAUAACUGUGAGUCGUUGGGAAACACUUGAGAUUUUCCAAGCUCUAAGGAAGGGCCAGGCCCCGGAUGUAUUUGAUGACAAAGAAAAAGCUCUCCUACAGAAAUUAGUUGCAGUGGACCCCAAGAUGCGACCUAAAACAUCUGAAAUACUGAAGACUUUGAAGGAGUGGAAUGAUGUGCCAAAGAAAAAUAUGCGAAACACGUAUUAG